CAACCUUCACAGCCAAACACUUGUAGCAUCAUGUCUUCAAAGCCCAGAAUCGCUAGCGAGGACAUUCUCGCACAAAAAUGGGAUCAAACCAUAUCCAACUUUGUUGUUAAAACCGGAAUUGGCUUCAGCGUUGGUAUUGUUGCCUCUGCCCUUUUGUUCAAAAAGCGAACGUGGCCUAUUGCUAUCGCCACUGGAUGGGGUUUCGGUGUCGCAUACGCGGACGCCCAGAAACUCUUCCACCCUCAAUACGUCCCUGGUGUUACCAUAGAAAAGCAAAAGCCAUCAGGUGCCGUUCAACGUUUCCCUUAUCCCAAGGAAGUUUGGUCACCUUCUGGUGGUUGGUGGUCGCGACCCAAGACCUGGAAGUCCAACACUGCAGUUGCCGCCAUCGGUAUGGCCGUCACCCUUGCAGCCAUCUGGAAAGUCUCCGCAGACAAGGAAUGGAGACACCGAGAACCCACUCGCUGGAUUCCUUCCAUGAUGUGGUCUAAGCAAUUCAAGACUGGCGAAUUCAAGCAAGAUUAGAUCUCUUUUUUAAUUUUUCACUUAAAGACACACUUUCAUACCGUUUGACGAAAAAAAGAAUAUAAUAUCAAUCGAAAACUAUCGCAAUUUUUUGGGAACCACGUAGCCUUUAUCCAAGGCUGUCGUGUGAAAGUGCU